AUUUUCCAGUCUUGCCCCUCGUCGUUGGUCGUUGCUUCCUUCAGCCUCCAACCGGGCCACUGGACCAGCGACACAACCGGGGGGAAGAAGGAAAAAGAAACCUGGGAAGAGCAGUGGCUGCAACUGCAAGCUGCGGUUAUUGGGGAUCCUUCUCGUCCUCCUCGAGGCAGGCACGCACUUCUCCAAGGGACCCAGCUCUAGCAUGAGGUCAAAGAAGAUAUUUGGUUUCUCCAUUUCUCUUAUCCUCAUCAACCUAGCUUCCAUAUUGGAACGGGCUGAUGAGAAUCUCCUCCCAGCUGUUUACAAGGAAGUCAGUGCAGCCUUUGAUGCUGGUCCUACUGAUCUGGGAUACCUUACGUUUCUGAUGAACUUUCUGAAGUCCAUAGCAUCUCCCUUGGCAGGUGUCCUUGCUCUUCACUAUGACCGCCCUGCAGUUCUUGCGAUAGGGACUGUCUUCUGGGCUGUAUCAACAGGGGCUGUUGGUGUCAGCCAGUAUUUUGGUCAGGUUGCAUUCUGGAGAGCUGUGAAUGGUUUUGGACUUGCCAUUGUAAUACCAGCACUUCAAUCCUUCAUUGCUGAUAGUUACAAAGAUGGCACACGUGGAGCGGGAUUUGGUUUACUAGCCCUUAUUGGUUCAGUAGGUGGCAUAGGAGGUAGUGUUUUGGCAACAAUCGUGGCUGGAGAGGAUUACUAUGGUUUGCCAGGAUGGCGGCUUGCAUUUAUCGUGAUUGCAUUUGUGAGCUUGUUAAUUGGAUUCCUUGUAUACUUUUAUGCUGUCGAUCCUCGGAAAACAUCUCCAAGCCAUUUUGGGGGUGAUGGGGAUCAUGAGAGGUCACAUUUGGUCACUAACGGUGUCCUUCCUCCACAUUCUAUCUGGAAGGAUUCAUGGAUAGCGGCAAGAUCAGUAAUGAAAGUGCGGACGUUUCAAAUCAUUGUAUUGCAAGGCAUUGUUGGCUCUUUGCCAUGGGCUGCUGUAGUUUUCUUCACCAUGUGGUUCGAACUCAUUGGUUUCGACAACAGCAGCUCAGCAGCGCUAAACAGCUUUUUCGCUAUUGGGUGUGCCAGUGGAUCAUUUCUAGGUGGUGUGAUAGCAGAUCGCCUAUCAAGAUACUAUCCAGAUUCUGCUCGCAUCAUGUGUGCUCAGUUUAGUGCCUUCAUGGGCAUCCCUUUCUCAUGGAUCCUCCUUACAGCCAUUCCCCAGUCUGUUGAUUAUUGGUUUGCAUACGCUGUGACACUCUUCUUAAUGGGCAUUACCAUAAGCUGGUGUGCUACUUGUGCAAACAACCCCAUGUUUGCAGAGGUAGUCCCUCCCAGGCACCGCACAAUGAUCUAUGCCUUUGAUCGUGCAUUCGAGGGUUCAUUUGGCUCACUGGCUGCUCCUGCUGUUGGCAUUGUGACUGAAAAGAUCUACGGGUACAAUGCAAAGACUGUUGAUUUAGCACAUGGAUCGGUGGACGGAGCUUACGCACUCUCGAGGGGUCUGUUGACUAUGAUGAUUGUCCCGUUUGCAAUGUGUCUCAUGUUUUACAGCCCUUUGUACUCUGUGUUCAAGCGUGACCGAGAUAAUGCUAGAUUGGCCAGCAUAAAGGAACAGGAGCUUAUAUGAAAAGCUCUCUGACCAGGGGUGUAGACCAACUUUCAGCAAUGUGACCAGAUAGAAAUUACUUAUGUACUUUUGGUUUAAUUGGUGUCUGUCUCUGGUCUCAGUUGUUAAUCUCCAAAAGGGCAUCACUAGAAGUUCACUUUUGGUUGAAGUAAUGGGUUGAUGACACCUAGGAAAUUCAGGUUUCCAAGCUUCUUCAGCUUCAUGGCAAACAACUAAACAAGGGUGGAUUUUAUGCACAAGUGAUGACUGGAUGAGCUCCACUCUCAAUGUGGCCGAUCAAUAUUCGAUUGUAACACAUUCAGUCCUCAUCUGGAGAGAAGAUACUUUUUUUUAGGCAAAGUAGGAAGAAACUACAAUUUUGUAUAACUAUCUGUAGAUAGAUCAGUGGCAGUUGCCAUGUUCAUUAUCAGUUUCUUACUAUCUAGUGUUAGCAAACUUGAAUGGAACCCUCUGAGGCAUCAUGCCAGGUCAAUGCCGAUACUAUUAGUAGAAUCCAUACAGUAGAUUCAGUUUAUGAAUAUAAGAACAUUUGACA